AUGAUUUCUAAUGUUAAUUACAAUAAUUCUUUCUUAGAUGCAUCAAAUACUGAAACAAAAUUUGGACCAUUUCAGUCAAUUAGCCUAUAUAUGAAAGAUGUUCCAUCAUUAGUAUCCAAUGUUGAUGUCAAUCUCUCGUCUAUAAAUGAAUUUCAAAUGAUUAAUCCAAAUGACGAUAAUAAUUUAAGCAUAAAAGAUGAUUCAUGUUUACUUUGGACACGUUCAAUAAUCGACGAAAAACAAAGAAGUUCUAUUUUAGAAAAGAUUCAAAUCAAUAAUUGUUCGAAACCAAGACAUGUGUUAUGUAGAACAAAAACAAUGCUUGGUUUUAACUCUCCACAAAUUUGUUAUACUAAACCAUCAACAAUUGGUUUACCAAUAAUGAUAUCAAAUCAUUUAACACAUGAAUUAUGUUUAUCUGUUUGUCAAACAUUAAAAACAAAUUUAGCUGUUAUAAAUAUGAAUAAAUGUUAUUGUUUUGAUGCUACUCGUUCACAAAUACUUGAUCCUAAAAGGAAUCAUGCAAAAUAUGAAACAAAAGAUUGUGGAAAUCGUUGUCCUGGUAUGUUUAACAAACAAUAA